UGAACACAUUCAAUUGCACUCUCUGGACUAUCAGACGACGGCAACCCCAGGUCCCCUGCACUCAUAAUGAAGAUGCAAGGGUCUGAUUACGAUGAUCGGACCGUUUUCCUCGGGGAAUGGGGACCUUUUCAGCAGAUAGUGUUCUUUCUGUUAUGUUGCAGCAUUAUACCUAAUGGGUUUACUGGUUUGUCUAUCGUGUUUAUGGGUGACACUCCAUCUCACCACUGUCAUAUCCCUGCACACUACAACAUCACAGUUCAGUGGAGAAACGUGAGUAUUCCCUGGGAAGAGCACGGUGGGACAAUCCGGCUCAGUAGAUGCACCAGACACAGACUUGAUUUGAUUAAAAGUUACUCAGACCAAGGUUACGAGCCAUGGACAGACGUGAACGUUUCAGAAAUAGAACAAGAGCUUUGCACGGAUGGAUGGGAAUACGACCGGCAGCAAUAUACGUCUACAAUUGUAACAGAGUGGGAUCUGGUGUGUGCUGAUGACUGGAAAACUCCAAUGACCUCCUCAAUCUUCUUCUGUGGGGUCCUUACUGGAUCCUUUGUCUCUGGACAGAUGUCUGACAGGUUUGGAAGAAAGAUGGUGCUCUUCUCGACUAUGGCAAUUCAGACCAUUUUUACCCUCAUUCAGGUCUUCUCCCCAUCAUGGCUCUGGUUUUGUGCCUUUUAUUUCGUAGUGGGGAUGGGACAAAUAUCCAACUAUGUAGCUGCAUUUAUUUUAGGAAUGGAGAUUUUGAGCCCGUCGAUCCGAGUCCUGUUUGGGACUCUGGGGGUGUGCCUGUUCUUUGCUCUGGGCUACAUGUUGCUGCCUCUGGCGGCCUAUCUUAUCAGAGACUGGCGCAUGCUGCAGCUUGCCCUCACACUACCAGGCUUCCUCUAUGUUCCUCUAUGGUGGUUCAUUCCAGAGUCUCCUCGGUGGCUUCUAUCUCAGGGCAGAGUGCAGGAGGCUGAGGCCAUAGUGAGGGACGCCGCCAGAAGGAAUGGAGUGGCCGCCCCAGAGGUCAUCUUUGAGCGAACUCAGCCAGGCAACCAAGCUGAAAAAAUGCAGUCCCACAACAUCUGUGAUCUGGUGAGGACCGACAACAUCCGCUGCAUAACUAUCGUGCUGUGCCUGGUCUGGACUACUCUCUCUAUCGGAUACUUUGCCUUGUCGCUGAACACGGCCAACCUGCAUGGGGACUCCUAUUUGAACUGCUUCCUGUCUGCGGCCAUUGAGCUGCCAGCGUACACCAUCGCCUGGCUAAUGUACCGGUACUGGCCUCGGCGCAUGUGCCUCUUCUCCACUCUCUUCCAGGGAGGCGUUGUGCUGCUUCUCAUUCAUCUCAUACCACAGAAUAUGAUCGGUAUUGCCAUCACACUAGAGAUGCUGGGGAAGUUUGGUGUGACGGCUGCCUUUGCUAUCGUGUAUGCUGUGACAGCAGAGCUCUAUCCCACGGUGCUGAGAAACACAGCACUGGGCGCCUGCUCCAUGGCAUCCCGGGUGGGGAGCAUCUCUGCUCCAUACUUCAUCUAUCUGGGGAACUUUUACCAGUCUCUGCCGUACAUAUUAAUGGGCACUCUGAGUGUCCUCUCCGGGUUGCUCAGCCUCCUGCUGCCCGAGAGCCUGGGAAUGCCGCUCCCGGACAGCAUCAAUCACAUGCAAACAAUCCCGUGCUGCAAGAGAAGCGAAAGAUCUAAAACGUACAAUCUCACCAGUGUUAAAGGAGACGAGGACCAUUCAGAUGAAACAAUGGUGGACUCCACAAUUAGUGGACUGAAACAGUGAAGUUACUAUAGUCAAGAUGUUAUACAACUAGUCACAUUCCUUUUUCACUUACACAUGCCAGUGUUUUUAUUAGUAGCCUACAGUCAAACAUCUUGUGCUGAGUGAAAAAAAAACCCUACAGUAAACAUUCACAUGUCUACAUUCUCUCACAGAUACCCUUGAUACAUGCUGCAUCUUUUAGAAUUUAAAGAAUGCCAAAGAUACAAAACGAAAAUAAGUGAGAACUAAUAGAACUGUAAUAGUGUUUUAAAAAUAAAGAAUAGCCUGAUAUUCAUUUGGUAACAAAUCAAAUGAGUGCAGGAUAAACUGUGAUUGCCAUUUGACUAAGUUGAAUGAUUCUUUGUGUUUGAAAAUAGUAAAAUUUGUCUUUGUCUGCAUUUGUGAUCUUUUUCUAGAUAAUAAAUAUAUGAACUGUCUGUUAAGAUGGCAUACCAAA